AUGGAACCAAUUGAAGACUUGCUUUUUGAGCUAACUGAUGCGUUCAAAGCUCGGAAGGAGGACCUAAUUGAGCUGGUAACUUUGAUUGACAUAUAUGGUGAACAAGUUGAUCAAGAGGGCACACAUGAGGAAAAGACAAAAUUUAUUGAAACGCUGAAUACAUUGUUGGAGGAUAAUCCAGAUAUUACCGGUGAAAUUGGCUGGGAUUUGCCAAAGGGCCUAUUGAAAUUCCUGUCAAAAGAUAAUGUUGAUGUAAGUAAAAGAUUAGGUGUUAAUAUGAUAGUACAAGGUGUAAUGAAAUGUUUCUAUGCAAUCUCCAUUCAGGGCGAACCGAAGAAAUGUCUGGUUACUGGGUUGGAGUUGCUUUCAUGCACUUCUGUUGAAGACGUUUCUGAGAAUGGCCAACACAAUAAAAACACGCUAGUUGAUGAAAAGCUUCCUGGAGAAGUGGUUAAGAAUGACUCCGAUCCAAACGAUAUCUCUUAUUAUGGUGAAAGGAAAAGUUCAAGCGAAUUCUUUUUAACAUUGAAAUCCUACAUUUUAUUUGAGUUCAUUGGAGCGAGCCUCAAAAGAAUUUCUACUCUGUAUCCUUCAAAAUAUUUGGGAGCUGCAGUAGCAACAAUUGAAAAGUUUGUAUAUAAUCAUGCUGACUCAUUUGAAGAUGCGCUUUUUCUGCUUCGAAGGGUGUAUACAUUCUGCAGAAAUUAUAUCCCCCCAGACCCACCGAAAGAUAUACAAUUAAAUGAAGAGUUUACUCAAGAGAUGUUUGAUAAGGUGGUAGAAAAGGAAAGUAAAUUGCAAGUCAGAUUGCUACGUAAACUGUGCACUUUUGGUAUUUCGACUCCUAUAAAAACGGUUAACAUAAAUACCGAUGUAAAAUACUACUGCGCACUAAAUCACCAACAGUUUCAAUUAUCAGUGUACUAUGCCGAAUUACUCGAACUAUAUUCUAGGUACUAUCAAUUGGCGUUUUCGCUUGAUGUUAAUAUAGAGAAUGAAUUCCGGAAUGUCGUAAAAGAAUGCAGAAUUAUCUACAAAUCUGUACCCCAGGAGGCUUCCGCUGUAAAUGAUGAAGCGAAAUUGGUCUUGGAAAGGAUGGUUUAUAAACUAGCGUAUACGUUUGAGGUACAAAAGACCGCGAAAGAAAAGAAUGUUGGCUUAGACUCCAAUGGUAUUGUUUUGUUUUCCGGUAUCAACUAUUUAGAAACCAAUAAACAUCUAGUGAAUACAAUGACUAUAACGGAUGCCGUUUAUCUUUAUUUGAGAUUCGCAACUCCUUCAUUGUAUUCGAGAGUUUAUCAUAGUGUGGCUGUUGAAUCCGUUAACCGUUAUUGGCUAUGGUACGCCAUUACAACGGAGCCCUUGGAAAGCGUCAAGAAAGAGCUAAAAAAUCUUUCAGUGUUUGUUACAAAGGCUUUAUUGCAGGUUCUACUUCAAAAGAACUGCGUUCAAGUCAAUGACCACUUGCGAAUGAUAAAUUUCACCCUUCUCACAAGAUUACUAUGUUUGGUUCCUGAGGCAGUUGCAUUUGGCUUUAUCAUGGAUGUUCUCAAGGCAUGUCCUUUUCCGUUGGGUAAAACAUCUGUACUGUGCAUACUAAAAGAUCUUUCGAGACAACGCAUUUCCAAGAAAGAUGAGAACCCUGAGACUAGUUUAAUUACCGAAAAAUUGUCAAAUUUAGGAAUUAAUGACGGCCACAAGCCUAGGAAAGGUAAUUAUAAGAAUUAUAUCAACUUGGACUCUUUCAAAAUGACAGCUGUUCACGAAUAUUGUUUGCAAACUAUCCAAGAUUCAUUUGCGGUGGAUGCCAAGAAGAGCAAUAUAUUACUAUUGUCGACCUACUUAAACUUUUUCAUAGUACUGAGAGAACAAUGGGAUAAGGAUUUAUUGAGGGUUGUUUACUUAAUGGUUGAUUCUAAAUUGAAAUCAGCAGAACUUGAUACACUUUCCAAUUAUGUACAGAUUAUAGAUGCAAACAAGUCUUUGGGAGAUUAUUUGAUCAGCAUAAAAUGA